AUGAGAUGCUUGAAAAGUGAUACCAAUGCGCCGAAAGAAAUCAGAAGAUUUGAGGUGCUACAAACUACAUCAAUAGGCAUCGAUCAUUUGAUCAGCACUUAUGAUGAGCUAGGAGAUGGUACAAUUGGCAAGGUGUACAAGGGAACCUUUCCCUGUGGUUAUGAGGUGGUUAUAAAGAUUUUAUCAUCUUCAGAAGAAGAUGAUGAAGAUUUCAUAAAUGAGGUAAAGAGCAUAGGUAAGAAGCUUCAAAAGAAUGUCAUUGCUCUUUUUGGAUCUACUAUGGAAGGCUCGCAGAAAGCGCUUAUUUAUCCGUACAUGCCUAAAUGGUCGUUGGAAAAGAUAAUUGAUCAAGAGAAAAUUUCACUACUAUGGGAUUGGGUAACAUUGCUUAGCAUCGCAAAAGACAUAGCAUACGAGCCGGAUUACUUGGGUUGCAACCAUUGUGCAAGUAAUCCAGCCCGUAUGCAAUGUCUUUUGCGAUGCUAA